CUGUCAUACGACACAGCAUAUUUAUGAAAAAGUUCUUGUAACUUUGAAUUUAAAAUGAGUAGUGUACACGCCUAACCUUGUCAACUUACGUAAGGUAAUCUAACGCAAAAAUGGGAAACACAGUGACUGCAGAAUCUCUCCAUCCCCAAGUAACCGGUAAUAAUGAGAACCCACCACCUGAGUGUCCGAUGCAUAAUAAAAAUGCCCAAAAGGAAGAGGUUAAGAAACCACCCUCCGAAUGUCCAGUCAGUGAUAACAACAUUAAUCCUUAUAACAUGAUGCCACCUGCUAAUCAACAACCUGCACCUGAUCAACCAUUUCCUCUUCCAACUCAAAGACAAGUGUCAACAAUACCCAGAGCCAUGCCUGAUGGUUCUACAGAGUUUUGGGUAUAUCCAAGUCAGCAGAUGUUCUGGAAUGCUAUGCUUCGUAAGGGAUGGAGAUGGAAUGAUGAUCAAAUUAAACCCAAAGACAUGGAAGACAUUAUCAGAAUACACAAUGCAAAUAAUGAGCAAGCUUGGCAAGAAGUCCUGAAGUGGGAAGCUCUACAUGCAAAGGAAUGUGGUCACCCAAGGCUCAAGAGUUUUGGUGGGAAAGCCUCUGAUUACAGUCCAAGAGCUAAAAUGCGCUCUUGGCUUGGAUAUGAGCUCCCCUUUGACCGCCACGACUGGAUUGUGGACAGAUGUGGCAAAGAUGUACGCUACAUCAUUGAUUACUAUGAUGGAGGUGAAGUGGACAACAAAUACCAAUUUGCCUUGCUUGAUGUCAGACCAGCGCUUGAUUCUUUUGAAAACUGGUGGGAUAGAAUGAAGGUCAUGUACAUGAGAUAUCGCUAUGAAAUUGUGGGCGAAAAGGAUGGAAGUAAAUUAACCAACUGAAUACAAAUUUUACUUAUAUUCUUAGUUAUUAGACAUGUUAAAUUAGUCCCCUUGAAUUUUAAAUUAUUGAUAAUGUAACCAACUCAAUGUUGUGUGGGGUUCUUCUGUCGACAGUCAGUGUCACCGCAGCAACUCUUUGUGAUUGUUUUACUUAAUUAUUGAUAAAGUAUUAUUGUUGACUAUUAGGUUAUAAAGAUAACUAAAUUAAAGGCAAUAUGUUGAAAGUU